AUGACAGCAGCGGGGAGCGGCAACGGUUUUGGCACCACGGCUUGGUGGGGCUUUUCUCCAGCACUUGACCUACAAGAAACGUAUCUGGAUACCUCUACGGAGCAUCUCCACAUGUCCCAGGAUGGUACUCCUGAACUGAAUAUCCUGCUUGUGGGAUCAAUUGAUGGUCGUCAUAUCCUGAAGACCAUGUGUCAGGCACACCGAUGGCCCCAGAGGAAAAUCAAUUUUUACGUGCUGGAGAAUAAUCUGGAGGCGCUGGGUCGGCAGUUGCUGUUUCUGAGCCUGGCGCUGGAGCCUCCGGAGAAGAUGGGGCUGCAAGAGAAGAGUGAGACCUUCUUGGAGCUGAUGGGAAACACUCUGCUCCGAAGCCAGACAGCUGCUUACUUGCAGGAGAAGGCGGGCCUUUUCAUCCGCUAUGUCACAGAUCCCUAUUUUCAGCAGGCUGACCUACCCACCUUGGACUUGUCUGCCCUCAAGUUCAAGGAGCGGGACCUGUUGGAGGCAGUCUUUCGUUUCUGGAAGAACCCCGACCCGCGGGCUUUCCAGAUUGAGCAGCUGUGGGACCUGCGGCUCCGGCAAUACUUGGGCACCCGCUAUGACGCCUGCCGGGGGAUUUGCGACUGGGACCUCAACAUGAAGUUGCACGAGCACGGGGCCAAAGCGAUCCAUUCCCGUGAGUUUUUCCGGUGGCGCAACACAGGCUUGGCCUUCGAGAUGCGAGAAGCCUCCUAUGACGUCCCCAACAAGACUCUGGCGUCUGGCCGUCUCCUCAGACACAAAGGGGAGUCGAUGCCGGCACGGGGUUACUGGGGAGACAUCGCCACCGGCCCCUUCAUCGCCUUUGGAAUUGAGACGGAAGAGACAAGUCUUCUGAAAACUGUCAAUAGCCUUCCCAGCAAGAGUGCCCAGGAGAUCUCCUUGUACAACGUCACUGCCCUGUUCUAUGAACUCAACUGUCGCUCCCGCUAUGACCCACCCGCAGCCUCUGACAAAGAGGGAGACGAUGGCGGCUUGCGAGGGGACGAGGGCGGUGCCAUGCCGGAUGCCAUCAGCAGCUCUCCCUCCACAGAAGACGUCCGCGUCCACUUCCUGCCUCUCGACUGCCUCCCUCGCCUCCACCACAAGGCCAGAUACCAGAAGCUCUUCAACCUCAUCUUCUUCUCGUGCAGCAUGGUGCACCUCUUGAAGCCAGAGAUGCAUUUGGUAGCUGCCCCGAAAGCCACUCUCCUCGUGGAGCUUGCCAACUUUCUGCCCGACCUCCGCAAGGAGCAGGUGUCCGAGUUCUGCUCCCGAGCGACCAGCCUGGGGAGGGGAUCGGGAUUUGUGCCGGUCGAAGCUCCUGGCAAAGAAGCGUUUUCCUUGUUCCAACUGAGGGAUCCUCCUGAGAUGGCAGAACCAGGCCUCUGA